AUGGCGGACGUCGCCUACGCCCCGCUUCAGGAGUCGAUCCCGUUCGAAAAGAGGGCAGCGGAGGCGUCCCGGAUCCUGGCGAAGUACCCAGAUCGUGUGCCUGUGAUUUGCGAGAAGGCUCCUUCGACUGAGCUGCCAGAGAUCGAGAAGAGAAAGUUCUUGGUUCCUGCGUCCAUGCUUUGCGGCGAGUUCAAGUACAUCGUCCACAAGCACAUCCAACAGGCCUCUUCCGGUAAAGGCCUCGCAGCAGACCAGGUCAUCUAUCUCUUCACCCGGAAGGACAAGACCAAGAAGCAAGUGAAGACAGGUGCUGUGAUGUCCGAGCUCUACGACAGCAGCCGGUCAGAAGAUGGGUUCUUGUACAUCAUCUACAGCGCGGAGAACACCCUGGGCUCCAACUGA